AUGGCAGUUUGUCCAGUAUGUAAAAUUGAUAGCGUGAAGAAACGAUUAACGUGGAGUGGUUUGUUACGUGGUGUACUAUGUUUUCCAUGUGGCAUCUAUUGCUGCAUCAAAAAUCGCGUAUGGUUCUGUCCACUGUGUACCAACGAGGUGAACUAUUCGAAUGGAAGACAACCAUCAUUUGAUCGAGAUUAUCGCUGCUAUAAGUCAUUUGAGAACGUGGACGACACUGGUACUAGAGGUGACCCUCCGAAAAUCCAAACUACUAAAAUUUGUGGAAGGGCAAUUUCUGGUGGCGGUGAAUCUAUUAAUUCUACAACAUCGGUGCUGACGCAGUAA